GGCGGAGACGUGGUCGCGCUCAGGGGACUCCGUCUCCGUACUUAGGCGUCUGUGCGUACGUCUACAAGUCGUGCGAGUGCCGCCGCCGUGUGUAGCCGACGACGACGACGACGACGCACAAUAAUAUCAUUACGACGAGUAUAACGUCAUCACGCGACAUAAUAUGACGACCGCUGCGGCGCACGACGACAAUAUCGUAUUAUCGCCAUUAUUAUUGAGUGUAUAAUAUUAUUUGGUAUUUGGUCUUACGCGCUGGCGGAUUCGAAUCGGUUCGGUUUAUCGCGCGAGGUCCGUGGUCGUCGCUAUCCGACACUUUUCCACAGCCGUCAUCGUCUUCAGCCGCCGUCGCGUCGUCUAUACACAACACCGUCGUAAUGUCUUGUAAUACACCAGCGUGAAAUUCGAGAAUCGUGUCAUUGUUAUCCGGCGGGGCGUAAGAGCCCGUACUCGGUGUUUCGUGCGUCGGAACCGGUUUCCAAGUAAAAUACACAACCCCCGAAACGUGGAUUUCUCCCCGCCGUACUGCCUUACCGGAAAAAGUGUCUGCCGGAGGAACACCAAGAAGGAGCGGCACUGUGCCGGGGGUCGGAGGACGACGACGAUCACCGCGGUAGCGACAGCGAUAGCGAUAGAAGCACCGCUGUCACCACCAUCACCACCACUAGCAGCAACAACAACAACGCCGCAGUGGCCACUAUGAUGUCGGCCGCUAGUGCGGUCGGCGGCGGCCGUCUGCUGGUCGUUUUCGACGUGGAUGGCGCCGACAGCGACAGCUGACAGCCCGGACGAUUGCGACCGGUGCGGGAAUGCGGCGGUGCUUACGGAUGGGGUGUCCCGCCGGCCCGGUACGCCAUGCUUGACGUGUUCCGGGGCCUGAAGAGCCUGGUGAAAAUCAGCCACGUGCACAUCGACUCGCCCGUGUUACGACUCCACUACAGCCUAACCGUGAUGCUGUUGUCCGCGUUCAGCCUGAUCGUCACCACCCGGCAGUACGUCGGCAACCCGAUCGACUGCGUGCACACCAAGGACAUACCCGAGGACGUGCUCAACACGUACUGCUGGAUACACUCUACGUACACCAUCAAGGAGGCGUUCAAGAAGAAGGUGGGCGUCGCCGUCCCGUACCCAGGCGUGGACAACACCCGCGGCAAGGCGGACGACCGCAAAACUUACGGCUACUACCAGUGGGUGUGCUUCUGCCUCUUUUUCCAGGCGAUAUUGUUUUACACGCCCAGAUGGCUGUGGAAACACUGGGAGGGUGGCAAAAUCCGGGCGCUCAUGAUGGAUCUGGACGUGGCCAUUUGCACGGACGCCGAGAAGAAGCAGAAGAAAAAAAUCCUGCUCGACUACCUGUGGGAGAACCUGCGGUACCACAACUGGUGGACCUACAGGUACUACCUGUGCGAAACGAUGGCGCUCAUGAACGUCGUGGGUCAAAUGUUCAUGAUGAACCGUUUCUUCGACGGUGCGUUUCUGACUUUCGGCAUAGACGUGAUCCGGUUUUUGGAAAGUGACCAGGAAGACCGAGUGGACCCGAUGAUAUUCAUAUUUCCCAGGAUGACCAAAUGCAUUUUCCACAAAUUUGGAGUGUCCGGUGAGGUGGAGACACACGACUCCAUAUGCAUACUGCCGUUAAACGCCGUCAACGAAAAGAUCUACGUUUUCCUGUGGUUUUGGUUCAUGAUCCUGGGCGUCUUGUCGGCGGCCGUUAUCGUUUACAGAUUCAUCAUAAUAGUGUCACCGCGAAUGCGCGUGUAUCUUUUCUGCAUACGAUUCCGGUUGAUCAAACGGCAAGCCAUCGGCAACAUCGUGCGCCGGUCGAAGCUGGGCGAUUGGAUGCUGCUGUACGUACUCGGUGACAACGUCGACUCGGUCGUGUUCAGAGAUAUCGUGCACGAUUUGUCGCACCGACUGGAAGCGUACCACAACAAAAACUCGACGGUCAGGACGGUGGAUGCGUGACGGCGGCGGUGGCGGCUUGCAGUCAACAGUAUUUUGUGCUCAAAUCGAUAACGAACAAACGUAUAAUAUUAUUUGUUACAGGGUAAACGAUGACCGACUUGCACGCGACUUUAUUGUAAGACGACUGUAAACGGAUUUCGUCUGCAACGGUUGCGGAGGAGAAGACUAUGUUAUUAUUAUAAUAAUAUGUAUGGAACGGUGCAGCUGCCAUGUUACCAGUUGUCUCGGAAAACAAAUGUCGUCGGACUUGGAACUAACAAACGCGCUCACUACGAAUUCGUGAAUUGUCGCCCAAACGAAUUGUUAAAAAAAAUAUAUAUUUGUAAUUUUUUG